CCGCUAGCUGUUAUUUGCAGAAAGUUCAGCAAUGGUUCAGAGACUCACCUACAGACGUCGUCUUUCGUACAACACCCGCUCCAACAGAGUCCACGUUGUUAAGACUCCCGGUGCCAACCUCGUUUACCACUACGAGAAGAAGCCCGUCAAGGCUCCCCGUUGCGGUGACUGUGGCGAUGCUCUCGCUGGUAUCAAGGCUCUCCGUGCCCGCCAGUUCGGUAACGUCUCCAAGACCCAGAAGAACGUCAGCCGCGCCUAUGGUGGUUCCCGUUGCGCUCACUGCGUCAGAAGCCGCAUUGUCCGUGCUUUCUUGAUCGAGGAGCAGAAGAUCGUCAAGCGUGUCCUCAAGACCCAGACCCAGAAGAAAUAGAUUAAACUCUUUUUAAUUUAUCAAAAAUAAAAAAGAAGGAUAAGCUUUCUCUCUCUCUCUUUACAU